AUGAUUCUUCGAGUUUUUGCUAUUUUUGCUACAAUCUUUGUAGCUGUGAGCUCUAAAAAAGUGGAGCAAGUUCAUUUGAGUUUGAGUGGAAAACAAGAUGAGAUGAUGGUGACGUGGCUGACACAGGAUCCAUUACCCAAUGUGACUCCCUACGUAGCAUUCGGUGUCACCAAAGAUGCUCUACGGCUAACUGCCAAAGGAAAUUCUACAGGCUGGGCGGACCAGGGAAAGAAGAAGGUUAUGAGAUACACCCAUCGAGCAACUAUGAACAGUUUGGUGCCUGGACAAGUUUAUUACUACCAAGUCGGAAGUUCCCAAGCGAUGUCCGAUGUUUUCCACUUCCGGCAACCUGACCAAUCCUUGCCACUUCGUGCCGCGAUUUUCGGAGAUUUGAGCAUCUACAAAGGACAGCAAUCGAUUGAUCAAUUGAUCGCAGCGAGAAAAAAUAAUCAAUUUGAUUUGAUCAUCCACAUCGGGGACUUGGCAUAUGACCUACACGAUAAUGAUGGGGACAAUGGUGAUGAUUAUAUGAAUGCCAUUCAAGAUUUUGCGGCAUAUGUGCCUUAUAUGGUAUUUGCUGGAAACCAUGAAGUCGAUAGUAACUUCAAUCAAAUUGUCAAUCGAUUCACCAUGCCCAAAAAUGGCGUAUACGAUAAUAAUCUCUUCUGGAGUUUUGACUAUGGCUUCGUGCAUUUUAUCGCCCUGAACUCCGAAUAUUACGCUGAGGAAAUGUCCAAGGAGACUCAACUUCAGUACAAAUGGCUAGAAAACGAUCUAGCUGGAAAUUCAAAGAAGUGGACAAUCGUGAUGUUCCAUCGACCUUGGUAUUGUUCCAGCAAGAAGAAGAAGGGAUGUCAUGAUGACCAGGAUAUUCUAUCGAGGGACGGAUUGAAGGAUAAGUUCCCAGGAUUGGAGGAAUUGUUGAAUAAGUACAAAGUGGAUUUGAUUCUCUAUGGGCACAAACACACUUAUGAGAGAAUGUGGCCAAUUUUCAAUGCUCAGCCAUUCAAAUCACAGGAUCCGGGGCAUAUCAAAAAUGCGCCAGCGCCGGUCUAUAUAUUGACGGGAGGAGCGGGUUGUCAUUCCCACGAGGACCCCUCCGAUCACAUCAUUCAAGAUUUUUCUGUGAAAGCCCUUGGAGAAUAUGGAUACACUUUUUUGACGGUCUACAAUUCUACACACUUGUCCACUGAUUACGUGGAUACUUCUGAAACGAGCGGAGAGUUUUUGGAUCCUUUUGUGCUGGAGAAGGAUUGA